UUACAAAAUGCCUUAGAGAUUGCAGAUAUUAUUAGAGUAUUAUUAUAUAUAUAUACAGCACAUGUAAGCAAAAGGCAACACAUUUCAUGUGGAGCAUUAAUGCAGAAUAAUUGUGUGUGCUGACUGGUGAUCCGGCGGAGUAAGGUAUGGCAGUGCCGUCCAGUCUGAGCAGCUUUAAACAGAUCUCAGUCGUUGCCCCCAUGUGACAGCUGACUGGAAGCCAACGCAAACAACCGCAAAUCUAAUUAAUUAUCUUUGACUGCCAAGGUGUGAAAAUCCAUCAAAUCCACCAUUCGGCUUCCUCAUGAAUCAAUCAAUUACACCCAGCUAAGGUUGUGUCGUGAAGAUCCUCCUCUGAUCCACUGCACAGAUUUACCUCUUUAGCUUUUUGCCAAUAUACUGUCGAGGCUGGAUCCUCUGAGGGUCAUAGCAUGCGGAUACAUCCCCAUGUGUAAACGCCACAGUCGCUCUCUAGCAUGUAGUUUUGAGUUCAUGUGAAAACCACUAUUAGAAUGCAGUUAAUUUAAGAAUAUUAUAUGAUAUAAAUGAUGCCAAUAACAGUAGAACUGACCCUCAUGGUGGUUUUGUAAUCAACUUGCUACCAAUCUCAAAUCCUUGGUGCAUAAAUGUGCAGCAGUAAGUCAGCAGGUCACUUUGAUUUCUGUAAACCUGCCAUGAGCUCAGAUUGUACAAGGCUUGGCCAUGAAGCCAUCUGCUGUCCUGGCGACCAAAAUCCAACUAAUACCACUACUACUCUCUAGCUAAGCUAUAAGAAAGGAAGUCCUUGCACUCUGACACGUGGACUAUUCAUAAAACUUGUGAAUACUUUAUUUAAAAACCUUUUUAACAGUUGCAGAGAAUGUAUUCUUUUAUUACCGUAUUUUUUUUUAUUUUUAAAGCACAGUGAGUCGCCAAUAUGCAUCUGUCUGUGGAUUUUAUUCAUGUUUAUUACAAGCUUUUUCAAUGCAAGAGAAACAUGGAAGACAGGAUAUAUAAAAUGAGGCGUGCAAUAUUCUUCAAGUUGCUGCAAUUCAACCAAAACCUAACUAAGAUUAAUGCCCAGAACUUGAUCUGUUUAUUGCACUUCUGAAACCAUGUACGUACGUUAUUUUAUACACACCCUGUGGACCAAAACAAAACAAAGCAUUCUGAUAAAUGAAUCUCAUUUUCUUACAAAUAUCCCUCUUUGAUGGGCUGUAUAAGCUGUGUGUGUGUGUGUGGGGGGGGGCUCUAAGGUUUGCGAGGUGGUCAUAUAAAAGCAAAGAGGAGGCAGCGACUGGCACACAAACUACACCACGCUGUCAACAGAGACAGAUUACAGGAGGCCAGUGGAGAAGAUUCAUUAACAGAACUGUGGGCCCGAGUGGACCAAUUCUUUUUUCAUCAACAUGUCGAAGGUAUUUAAGAAGACCAGCGGCAACGGACAUAUUGCUCUGUACUUGGGAAAGAGGGACUUUGUAGACAAUGUGGAUUCAGUGGAAAUAGUUGAUGGGGUAGUAAAAGUGGACCCAUCUGGUCUUAAUGGCAGAAAAGUAUUUGUCUACCUUGCAUGCGCCUUCCGCUAUGGAAGUGAAGACCUGGACGUCAUUGGGCUGUCCUUCAGGAGAGACAUCUGGAUACAACGUGUUCAGGUGUAUCCACCUACAGGUGGAAAUGCAACAAAAUCACCAAUGCAGGAAUCCCUCAUGAAGAAAGUUGGAGAGCAAGGAUGUGCCUUUUCAUUCCAAAUGCCACCAAAUCUCCCGUGCUCAGUUGCCCUGCAGCCUGGACCAAAUGAUUCUGGCAAGGCCUGUGGAGUGGACUUUGAGGUUAAAGCAUACAUCGCCAACGCUGCUGACAGUGCAGAUGAAGUCAUUGAAAAGAAGGACACAUGUCGUCUGAUGAUUCGUAAAAUACAGUUUGCACCACCUAACGACAAGCCCGGGCCCAAGGCUGAGAUAACCAAACAGUUCAUGAUGACUGACAAACCGGUUCACUUGGAGGCCUCCCUCCAAAAAGAGGUUUACUACCAUGGUGACCCAAUCACUGUCAAUGUAAAAAUCAACAAUGAAACCGCUAAGGUUGUAAAGAAAAUCAAAAUCUUCGUCGAGCAGCUAACAAAUGUGGCCCUCUACUCAUCCGACACUUACACCAAAGCAGUGUGCACCGAGGAAUUUGGGGAGACAAUCAAUGCCAACUCAACAUUUGAGAAGUCCUUCCAACUUAAACCCUUGCUGUCCAACAACAAUGAGAAGCGGGGUAUUGCAGUGGACGGACGGCUAAAGGAUGAAGACACUCACCUCGCUUCCACAACUCUGAGUCAAGGAGAUAAGGAGAUGCAGGGAAUCCUUAUCUCCUAUAAAGUCAAGGUCAAUCUAAUAGUGUCUGGUGGAGGUCUGUUGGGAGGCCUAACAGCAAGUGAUGUCACUGUGGAGCUUCCUCUGACACUGAUGUCCCCAAAACCGGCAGAAGUCAAAUUGGAUUAAAGAAUUUUAGUUCAGGGCCGACGUCCAGACGGAGUUCACGGAGGGAUGAGAUGACCAGAAAAGGAGGAUCGCUCAUCUGACAGAAAAAGGCCGUCAGCACCACAUUAGGAGAGCUCUUCCACAGAUAGAGAAUUUUGUGUAUAAUUUCCCUCAAAGCCAACAUAGCAUGGAAAUAAACAUGUGCAAUGCAUUUUGGUUGCCGCAGAAAAAAAAGAUAUUAGACUUUUUUUUCCUCAAUGUGUCAUGAAUACUGAGAUUUAUUGUUCUUAAUCUUUAUUACUGUGUGAGCAGAGCCAAAUGAAAUAUGUUUCACUGAAUGUGAAAUGAAAAUCCAUACUGUGUCACUCUGUAGAAAAUGGAAAGGGAAUAACACAUUGUUUCACCAUAUGUCUCUUUUGUUUUACUUUGGCAUUAUUAAAAAAGAAGCAUUGCUUCUUUAGAGAAAGAAACCACACUUGGAUAAGGGGCGAGGUUUUUGAGCUAUAUUGCAUUAUCGUUAUGUUCCCAGUUAUAACUUCAACUGUAAACAAUGUUACUUACGCAUAUCCCUUAAUAAAUGAGGUAGAAAAAGCACACCUGAUACUGAUAACAUUAUUGAUUAGUCAGUGUAACAGUGACCUAGCAUGCACCCCUGACACUGAUUAAGCUAAAUGGGACUAUCCAUCAUCCAUCACUGAUUGGAUGAUUUACACCUGUGACCUGUCAAAAUAGCUGCUGUGCAAACCCUGUCCUGUUACAUGUAGAUUCACAUGAUUUGUAUAUUUAUUUAGUUUUUCCCCUCUCUUUCAGUAACUAUGAUAUUAUUAGAAGUAUAAUUCAGUGGUGUUUGUUCUGCUUAAUAACAAUGGUGUUGAAAUGAAAAAAUAAAAACAAAAGUUUGGUCGUCAAA